UGAGAGCGGCAGACGGCUCCCUGGGAUCCAUUCGCCACCCGCACAGAUGAAGGGGCUGCUAGUUCUGGGCUUGGGCUUGGUGGCCCUGGCUGCGGCGAGCAGAUUGACGCUGCAGGAGAGGGUGGUGGGCUUGGUGCUGGAGGCUUUUCACAACAGGAGCGUCGUGCAAUGGAUGUACAAGGAGCAGGCAGUGGAAGAAGUCACUGAAAGAGAGUAUCCGGCGGGGUCCUUUGUGCGGCUGCGGCUCCGGCUCCAGCAGACACAGUGCCCGAACCAGCCGGGGAGCAGGCAGGACUGCGCCCUCAAACGCAGGGGGAGGAGGCAGGUCUGCCUGGCGUGUGUCAAGUUUGAUUCCCGCAGCCCAAGCAAGGUGCUGGAUAGCCACAUGCACUGCAGGACGGAGACGCAGCACGCUGUGAAGGAGAUGGAGACGAAGAGACACGAGGAGAAGUGCAGGACUGUGCAGGAGACGGGCGAAGCGCCCUACCAUCCCGGCCGCUUUGCCUUCUCCAGAGGGCUGCCGUCCUAGCCCGGGCGGCACCCCCACAUCCACAGCAUGUGCCCACAAUGCCAGGGCACCUCUGGUGCCCUCCACCCUCGGAAGGACAUGGCUAUCGCUGCCGCCCAGCGGAGACCCGGCGACCACCCCUGCCCGUCAGACACCGCGCCCGCUCAAGCACCAGGCCAGGACGAGCAACCUGGCCAACAGAUCCUGCUGCCCCCAGCCCCCGCCUCAUGCAGCUCCAGCGCCUGGCUGCUC